UGUCAUCGCAGAGGACUAUUGUAUUCCAAGUUCGCUUGAAAAUAUCUCAGAAACAGAACAUUAAGCGAAUUUAGAUUCUCACUUGCAGAGCACGUGCCAGUCUUCAUUGGUUAUUUGUAUUGCGAGCGUCGUCUUCCCGUUUAUUACGUUGUGCUUUUACAACUGCAAGUGCUUUUACAACUGCAGUUCCACUGAAAUCAGCGAAAAAGCUAAGAUGAAAGUGGUCGGAUCUACCUGCGCACUCAAGAGCAAGGCUGGCAGCGGGGAGGUUGUUCGUUGCCUUGCAGACCAGAGUUUGGCAAUUUCCAAAUGCAAAAUCCCGCUGCUGGACGAACAUAUGAGCGUUUUCCUCCAGGACAUGAACAGCUGCUAUAGCAAGUUGAAGGAACUCGUGCCGACUCUGCCAGCCAACAAGAAGGCCAGCAAAAUGGAAAUCCUGCAGCAUGUCAUUGAUUACAUCUGGGACCUGCAGGUAGAGCUGGACGAGCCGGGCAUGAACCGUCAACAGGCGACCGGCAGCUCAUCCCUCAACCGUUCUCCGCUCACCACCCUCAACUCAGAGCUCGCGAGCAUCGCUGUUGAGAAUGGAUGCUCAGAUGACAGAAUCCUGUGCCGCUAACUUUUCAAUCGUCAACAGCUCGAAUAACAAUCAAGGUUACACGUGAGGUUUCCUCACAUCCACGCCUUGAACCUGUAGAGACUUUUUGCAAGCUUCCCAUGAUGGCAGAAAGACGUCUGAACAAGAUAUCUAGGCUACAGCGACUGAAGAGGAACUGCACCGAAACUGUUGCAGUGGAGCUCGCCGGGGUCAUGCUCCGUGAGACUGACGUUUUAUCUGGGAAACUGGGGUGGCUACCACCAUAUCACCACAUGUCGUCCCCCUUGCAUCUUGCUUUUUCUUGGAUUCCACGAGUCUUUUCUGUCAUUCUUACUUUCUCUUGUCACAUUUUGUUUAACCCACCUGUAGAAGAGAUCUUAUAUUUUGUUAAAAAAAAGUCAACUUCUCAGAUUGCUGAGUAAUAAUUGU